CCUGAUGAGUUCUUCUACCUGGAGGAGUUCGUGUUGGCUACCUUACUGGGUUCUCAUUUCAAGGGGAAGAUUGAGGCUGUCCUGCCCAUUCAUCGCUGGAAGCAAGUAUUAGUGUACCAGGUAAAGGAGAUUGUGGUAUCUGCAUCCUGUAUGCCUGCCUUGACCUCCUUGCAUCCCCAGAACACGCAGAGCCCCAAGGAAAUCUCUGUGGUUGCAGCCCUGAGUGAUGGACUAGACAAGCCCCAGGACUAAGGGAAGAGUCAGAGGGAACCUGUGCAGAGAAGAAGCUCUGGGUCUUUCCCACUAGUCCAGAAGAAGUGCCUGUUGGAAUACCUGAGAGUGGGGCUGCUGGUGUCCGAGAGGAGUCAUGCCUCGCUCCCUUCUGAGACCAACUGGCUGAACAUCAUAGUCAGGAAGUACCUGUGGGACAGUGAGAUAGCUGGAGCCCAGGCGGACCCCCUGGCUUACUGGGAGAGGAAGCGUGAAGUCUGGCCAGCCCUAGUGAGACUGGCCAUCUUCUGUCUGUCUCGCCCACCCAUGGGAGCCUUCUCUGAAAGUGUCUUUGCCUCCCUGAACAGCCCCACCAUUGCAGAACGAAACUCUCCUCUCAAAGUAGAGACCAUUGAGCACCUUCUCUUCUUAAAGACCGACUUGGAGAAUUCCCCCAGCUAUACCCCACCUCCCCUUACCUUCUCCAGCAGUGCCCUGGCUGAGGAGGAGAAGCUUGCCAAUUAG